AUAUAUCAACUCAUCACAUCAAGCUAACUCAUGGCUCUUCAACACAAUAAGCCAACAACAAUGGCUCUCCUCUUCUUCUUAGUCUUCGAGCACAUUUCCACCGCUCGUGCAGACAUUGGCACAGCCAUAGCGUACGGCCCUCCAUAUCUACCCACACGAUGUAAUGGAAACAACAUCGAUCAAUUCCCACCCGGCAACUUCUUCGUAGCAGUCAACGAAGGGUUAUGGGACAACGGUGCUGCAUGCGGUCGUCGAUAUAGAUUACGAUGUUUAAGCGGUCGAAAUCACCCAUGCAAGACCGACAUCAUCGAAGUUCAAGUCGUGAACUUUUGCCCUAAGUCACCAUGUCCCUCUUCCUUUCUCAUGUCUAAAGAGGCCUUCUCCGCCAUCUCUCGUCUCUCUAGUGCCAAACUCAACGUCGAAUAUAUUGAGAUAUAAUAUCAGAGGGUUUGCAGCCAGUGGUACCACUUUUGUAAUGUUAAGCAUUAAAUAUGCUUUAUUUUUCAUUUCCAUUAUGAUCAUUCAAGUGCAUGUCUAUCACGUUUGUUCUUUAAAAAUGAGGGGCUAAGCUCUAAU